CACCCCUUCGAACGCCAUUACAAGCCUCGAAUUCGUCUAACCUCACUAAUUGUUUAUUGUCAUUAAUUAAUCAUUUCUUGCUAAUCACCUAAAUCCCAUAAAUGUUGAAUCAGUGUUCAGUGUAACCAAGUGUAGCCAGUAAUCAUCGGGAACACACUCGUCAUCCAGCAAUGUCUGUGUUCUUCGUUAAUGCGAAUCAAGACAGUGAAGUGGAAGAUCCGGUGGAUUCAAAUGGAGAUCUCCAGAUUGCAUCCCCGGGGAGUUCUGAGGCACAACAGGCACUGCUCACAUUCUGGCCGAAAAUAACUGAAGAAAUUAAGAAAAUAGCGACAGUGAGCGCGAUGGACUUGAAGACACAAUCCCUCCCCCUCGCAAGGAUAAAAAAGAUCAUGAAGCUGGACGGUGACGUGAAGAUGAUAAGCGCCGAGGCCCCCAUGUUAUUCUCAAAAGCAGCUGAAAUAUUCAUUCACGAGUUGACCCUGAGGGCGUGGGUGCACACCGAGGACAACAAACGACGAACACUCCAGCGCAAUGACAUUGCAAUGGCAAUAACAAAGUACGACCAAUUCGAUUUUCUCAUCGACAUUGUUCCCAGAGACGAAUUGAAACAGAGUAAAGCCCAGUCUGACGGUGUUCGCACAGUGAUGAAUUCAGAUCAGGUGCAUUAUUACUUCCAAUUGGCGCAGCAACAAGCCUCCGCCAAUCAGAGUGUCCAGAAUAAUGGUGCAGCACAGCCGAUACAAAUUGUUCAGCCCAAUGCUGGACAGAUACAGACGAUAAACAUUGGCAGUCCAGUUGACCAGGAAUCGACGAACACGAGCACAGCUCAAACAGUCACGGUGCAGAGUCCUCAGCAGGGAGGUGGACAGCAAGUUAUACAGCUUCAGCAGGCACAACAGACAUCACCGCAAUCUGGGGGGAUUCAGAUUGUACAGCAGAUUGUUACGCCUAAUGGGGAUAUCCAGCAAAUACCUAUUCAAUUAACCCCCCAACAACUACAGAUGAUUAGAAUGCAAGUGCAAGGUGGCAGUAAUCAACCGAUAAUCAUCCAAGCAGCGCCCAUACAAGCCCAGCCACAGAUAAUCCAAGUGGCGCAGAGUGGCCAGACCCCCGUGUACCUUCAAACGGGUGGGAAUGAUAACGAAUAACCCCUCCCCUUGGAAAAAACCCGGCUUUACCUCUAGAUUAAAUGUAUAAACAUUUUUAAUUAAUUAAUAUAAAUAGAUGUUAAUCGUUAUUGUAAGGUUUACUUAAAUGAAUGAAUGAAGAUAUCAUUUUUUCUAA